CCCAAUAUGGCGACGGCACUUCCGGCGCGUUUCCCGGCGCGCCCCGCGGCGGCGGCGGGCAGAGCGGCAAGAUGGCGGACGUGCUGGACUUGCAUGAGGCCGGCGGCGAAGACUUCGCCAUGGACGAGGAUGGCGACGAGAGCAUCCACAAGCUGAAGGAGAAAGCCAAGAAGCGGAAGGGCCGCGGGUUCGGUUCAGAGGAGGGCUCCCGCGCCCGUGCCCGCGAGGAUUACGACAGCGUGGAGCAGGACGGGGACGAGCCGGGGCCGCAGCGCUCGGUGGAAGGCUGGAUCCUCUUCGUCACGGGCGUCCACGAGGAGGCGACGGAGGAGGACAUCCACGACAAGUUCGCCGAGUACGGCGAGAUCAAGAACAUCCACCUCAACCUGGACAGACGGACGGGCUACCUGAAGGGCUACACGCUGGUGGAGUACGAGACGUACAAGGAGGCGCAGGCGGCCAUGGAGGGGCUGAACGGGCAGGAGCUCAUGGGGCAGCCCAUCAGCGUGGACUGGUGCUUCGUGCGCGGGCCGCCCAAGAGCAAGAGGAGGGGCGGGCGCCGGCGCAGCAGGAGUCCCGACCGGCGCCGCCGGUGACGGAGCCGCGUUCGUUUGGUGACGGGGCCGCGUUUGGUGACGGGGCCGCGUUGGUCCCCAGCGCCGACCUGGGGGAAGCGGGAGGGAUCUGGGGGGGGAGGGGCCGCCGGACGAUUCGUCGCUUCGGCCAAUUUGCUUCUUUUACCCUUUUUCUUGGUUUUAACCGAGAAAACGCGACGAAGAAGCAAACGCGGAGGCGUUGGGCUCGUUGCCACGCGGUUUUGGGGCGCAUUCGCCCCGUUUUGGCCCAGAGCGCACCGCUUGUCGCCCCGGGCGCCCCCGGGGCCGCUGUUCCUGGGGUUCGGUUUCCCGACGGGUUCCUGAGCUCUGGGGGUUUGUUCGGACUCGGCCUUUUAAAUGAUUCCCAUUUUGUGUAAAAAACA